AUGGGCUGCCACCAGAGCAAGCUGGCGAUGCAUGAGGAGAGGGAGCUGGCCGAGGAGCGUGCAAACGCGAGCGGGAACACUGCUACCAAGAACACUGACACCAAACAACAAGAGCCAUUGCUCCCCGUGUUGUGGGAUGGUGUGUCGCGAUCAAAACGUGGCCAGUGGCAGCAGCGCCUGGCCAAUGCUGCGCGUGCCAAGCUGGAUCCCUGUGAGCGACCAGCUGAGACACUGAAGCGUGUUUUGGAAGGCGACGCACUUCCCGACAGCGAGAUCCAGGCGCUGGGCACGCGACAGCCGGCCAUCCGCCUGUUCCUCUCCUCCACGUUCACUGACACGGAGGUGGAGCGCAACGCUUUGAUCGAGGACGUGUAUCCGUACCUCAAGUCCCUCGGACAACGCCUGCGUGUGCAAGUUUACCAGUCCUCCGAGAUGCGCUGGGGCAUCCGUUCUGAGGCCUCUGCCGCCCACGAAACCAGCGAGAUCUGCAUGCGGGAGAUCAAGAGGUGCCAGCAAGAAUCGAGCGGCAUCAGCUACGUGCUCAUCCUCGGCAACAAGUACGGCUUCCGCCCCUUUCCCGCCAAGAUCCCCGAGGAGGAGUUCAAGCUGCUGAAGGACGAGAUGGCCAAGCAAGCCAAGCAAACUGCGUCCACUGUGACCCCAGCUGCGCUCAACAAGGCCAUGGAGUACAUGGACGAGUGGUUCGUCCUCAACGAGAAUGUCGUGCCGCCGACCCGCGAGCUCAAGCCCGUGAAGAAGGAGCACUCUGAUGCGUGGUGGUCCGACAUCUUCCCCACGCUGCAGAUGUGUCUGCGCCAGGCAGCAACGGGAGCGCCUGGGCUGUCUAACGAGCGACGUGCCCUGUACGUGCAGAGCGUGACGGCGGAGGAGAUUGAGAACGGCCUGUUCAAGGUGCAGCCGAAAGAGGCGCGCGACAAGGCGUGCUUCGUCUUUGACCGCCGCCUGGGGCAUCGACGUUGCAUCGGACGACCCAGACACGGCCAAGCUGUGGAUGAGGAGGCGCAGCAGCUGCUGGAGCGAUUGCGUGCAGAGGCGGUGCCGGCUGCGCUGUCACCAUCUCGCAUCAAGACCAUGUCCAUCCCAUGGGGACCAGGCAUCGACCUCGCUCGCACCGACCACGCAGAGUACAUGCGCACCUUUGCCGACGCCUUCUGCGACAUGCUGGCGACGGACAUUGAGCGUGUUGCGCGCGAGCACGCGUUUGAGAGCGAUACAGUGGUGGAGGAGGCGGCGGCGCACGCCAUGUUCGGCAACCUGCGGCGACGUGGGUUCGUGUCCACAGCAGCCACCCAGCAGACGGUUGAUGCUGCCCUUGCACACGUGCAACAACGCAUUACCGGUGGCAAGGAGGUCGCAGCUCCGUUUGCCAUCUGUGGCCCAUCUGGCAGUGGCAAGACUUCACUCAUGGCCCAUAUCGCAGGUGGCGCACUGGAGAGCCUGCUCAAGAAACACAGUUUCAACAUCUGGACGCGGUUUGUGGCUCGCAACGCCAACAUCUUCGAGCGUACACCUGGUGCAGUCAUCGCACGCGCCUCGCUGUAUCCAGACCAGACAGCGGUGUUCAAGGCGGCAGAAACUCUGUUGUCCACGCCAGGUUGCCGCCUACCACGAGUGCAACAAUACAACAAACCCCAGGAGCUCAACCCACUGGUUUGUGUGUGCUCGGCUGGGGCGAGCUUAACGGGCUUUGAAGAUAUUAUCUUCACUCGAGACAGCCGUUGGGUGUGCGGGUGUCACGGGCUUGGAGAUGUGUACGUGUGGGAAGCACGCACCGGUAAGCGUGUGGUGAGGUUGCGCAGGCCCAAUGACAACGCAAAGGCAACUCGCAUCGUUCAUCUACCAAACGGCCUGGUGGCAGUUGCCUGCGAGGAUGGCAUGGUGUAUGUGUGGAACCUGGACACGCAUGAGCUCACGGGUUCUAUGAAUGUGUUUGACCCUGAGUCGGAGAAGUGCCGGGUGCUGCGGAUGACUGACGAUGACGCAUUGGUGAUGGUGAUUGGCAGCGCAGUGGCGACCUCAAAGGGCGCUGCAACGUCCGCAGCGGAUGGUGGUGGUGCUGAUGGCAGUCCUGGUGACGAUAUCCAAGUUUCAACGCAUGUCAUGCUGUUCAGCGCGGACUUCAGCCAGUGCAUGUGGAAGUGUACGGUACAGGAGGCGCUAAAUUGUGGGCAGAUCCGCGACAACACGCUGGUCUCAGGCACGAAGAGCGGCAGCGUCAUCUGGUUUGAGCUGCAAGGAGUGCCAGCUCCGGCUCAGCAGUGGAGGCAAUCCACCGCAGUAGAGGACCGGGCAGCACUGGUGCAGGUUGCACGCUAUGACAUGGAACGCACGUGGGGCUUGGGCGUGACAGCGUUAUGCUUGUUGCCUGGGGGUCUCGAUGUUGUCGCAGGUUGCGGCUCGAGUCUGUACAAGCUGAGAGCCGAUGGAACGAGUGUGGGAAAGGUGAACAGCACGCGCAGCAACACAAUGAGUUUGAGUGCUGAUGGAACCAUUGUGGUGUUGGCGAGCGAUUCUGGGAGGUACACAGAGGUGUAUGACGUGGACACGAUGACGGGGCUGCGCUCCGUUGGACCUGCGCCCACAGGCCUUGUUGCGCUUUCUCCAGAUGAGACGUUCUUGGCUGUCGGAGGGCCUGGCCUGGAUACCUUGGUCUCUGUGUUUGAUUGGAAGCAGAUCAAGCAAAGCAAGACUGUCCACGAGCACUUACACCAACAGCGCCCACCGCCGCCGCCAGUGAUUGCGAUCAUGGCUGACCCGGAGCAACUCCAACGACAGCAGCGGCAGAAGGCCAUGGUAUUCAUUGCGUCGCGUGACAAGCGUACGCUUGAGUUUCACGAUGCAACAACGAUGACUUUGGUCAAGACUAUUGACCUGCCCAAGGGCAGCCUCUUCACCAUUGACGAGAUGAGCGGUAGUCAUGAUGGGCGUGUCGUCGUUCUUCACUCGACAGCAGUCUUUAUGGCUGUCGACACGGUCGCUGGACGAGUGCAUCGGGACGUUAUUACUCGUCGCAGGUCCACCGGUCCCUGCAAAGUGUUCUUCUCACCGUCGAGCGAUGCAUGCGUGGUGAUUGACGGAUGUGACCUCCACGUGCUGGCAUUACCUGACUGCAAGCAAGUGCAUGGCCCCGAACCCGAGGAAGACAACAAGCAGCAGCACACAGACACAAUCACCUGUUGCGUGUGGCACCCUCAGUACCCACGUGUGCGCCAAUUCGUCACUGGCUCGGAGGACCAAACGGCAAGGCUCUGGCAACUGAACGCAGACAAUGAAGGCAUCAUUGUUGGGGCGACAGUUGUUCAGGUGUUUACGGGCCACAAUGGUCCCGUGUACAGCGUGGCGAUGUGCACUGAUGAUCAAGGUGUUAUCGUGCUGGCAACAUCUGCAACAGACACUGGCAUUCAACUAUGGAAGCUGAACAACGGAGCGUCCCCAAUCAGGCGAAUGGGAGGCGAGCUACAUGGCUUCGAGCUGUUGUGGUUACCACAACAAAGGCUACUUGCCUCUUACGACACUACCUUCAGCCAGUUGGGAUGCUGGACCCUGGCGGGAGCGUUGGUUCGUACCACUUCAGUGGGCCCGACAUGGAUGGAGGUCGGCGCGGACUGGAUUGCGCUACACCCCAGCAAGAAGUACAUUGUUGUACCAAGCUAUGGCGGGUUUCAGCUGCUGCACGCAGACUCACUGGAGGUUUUCCUGCAGUCGUUUGGUCACAACGGCGAACUUCAUCUUGGUGGGUUCCCGCUGACUGUACGCAUGACAUGCGAUGGAUUGUAUUUCGUUUCUCAGUCCGACGACGAGGCCAUACUCGUGCACGAUCUUUCACGGCUGCCACUUUGAAGUUGAUUUGUGUGUGUGUGUGUAUGUGAGUGUGUGUGUGUGUGUUUGUGAACAGCAGUUACGCUGCUUUUCCUGUCUCUUCGCCUUUGUCACCCUAGUUGGGUAUUCCCACACCUCUUCUGUUUGGUCUUCGUCAGUCCUCUCCACGCACGUUGUCUGGCUGCUGUUCUGUCUGUGAUGUCAUUUCCCUUUGUAUCGCGUCAUUUGCU